UAGCGUGUUAGCGCAACUACCCUCUCUUCUGCCCACCGACGAAAGAUGGGCGUCCAGGGCUUCCAGGAGUUCCUGGAGAAGUGGUGUCCCAGGGCUCUGGUGUCCGUUGGCUUCCUCAAACUCGCGCGCACGAUCUCGUGCCAGCAGCUGCAGCAGCAGCAGCAGCACCGCCAGCUGCCACCUAUGGCAGCCCUAGCGCCCAGGGCUCCACGCGUCGUCGCCGCCGCCUCCAGAGGCUCCACAUCUCGGCAACUGCCGCUCCCGCCUGCUGCCUUGGGUGCCUACUCUAGGGACGCGGGGCCAGUUCGGCACAAUCAUCCCGCUCGCCACCGCCACGGCCAAGUGCAGUCUGGGCUGCACCCGCUACCCCCUCCGCUGCCCGAAGCUCAGGUGGACGCGGGUUCGGUGCUGCUGCGGCUCUAUGGCGGCUACCAGACGGAUUGGGUGUAUGGCAGCCAGUGGAACGCCAUGCUGGGCUACUUGUUAGCACUGUGCCGGGCUUGUGUAUAUCUCGGCGGCGACGUGUUCCCGGGGGCCCUGGGUAAGGACCGGCUGGCCGAGUGGGGCCGUCGGUGUCAGACCGAGCAGCAGACAGUGCAACUAAUCGUGGGACACGUGGGCAACAAGGGCACCCCUCCACCAUAGGCCUGGUUCCUGCCACCGGUCUGCCUUAGCCAGUGCGUGAGGGUAGCACUCAUCCACUUCUGGGUCAAGGUGAGGGAGGGCCCGGAUCUUAACACACCCGGCACCUACAAUCCCUCCCAACUUACCUGCCUUCCAUCUCCUCAACGACCUAAUCAGCUAACCCACCUGCCUAAUUAACCCCAGGCAUUUUGGAGCCCUGGUGACGCACUGGUUAAGAGUUGUGGCUGGUAACCAAAAGAUCAGCAGUUCAGAAUCCACCAGCCGCUCCUUGGAAACCCUAUGGGGCAGUUCUAUCCUGUUCUAUAGAGUUCUUAUGAGCCGAAAUGAACUCCCCGGCAAUGGGUUUUUAUCCACCCCUGCAUAGUAUCCGUUCCUGUUCGCUCACCUACCUAACCACAUCUCUGCCCAUACCUCCCAACAGAUCCCUUUACCUUCACAUAACCAGUUGGCCCAUUCCUAGAUUUUAGCAGAAUUUGGUCAGAAUUUUCUCUGUAAACACACACACACACACACACACGCGCGCACACACGCGCACACACACGCACACGCACACACACACACACACACACACACACACCCCCCGUUGGCGUCACUUUUAUAUGCCUCUUUCCCACCUCAAAGCAAACCAAUUAAACAGGUGUAAAUCGAGCACCUUUCUUCUACAGCUUUUUUCCCACAUCCAGACCUAGUGUUUCUUACCCAUCUGUCUAGUCAACUUUUUUUUUCUAACAUGCUUCUACUUCCUUUUUUUUUUUCUAACAUGCUUCUACUUCCUCCUGCCUUAGCCUAAACAAACAAAAACUCAACUGCUCUACUCACUGUUCAACAAGUAUUAACCCGUGGAGGGGUUUGAAAGAUAUGUGAGACAUGGUUCUUGCUCUUGGAAAAUCAAAUAUAUAAACACAUGAAACAUUUAUUUAACGGUAUUAAGUGUGUAUGUGAUUAUGCUUCUUGGUACAGACAGUACAGUACUUAUUGGGGGUGGGGUUAACUGUGGUCUAAAAUGAUCAGGGGAGGCUUCCCUGAAGACCUGGGUUUUCAAGGAUGGGUUGGGUUUGAAUGGGUCAUAGGUUUGGGAGGAGGUUGCUUCAAAUGGGAGGAAGAAAAUGAGCAGAAACAAAAAAGGAAUAUAAGGCCCCAUGGGCAGUUAAAUCCAAUCUCUGCUUUCAGUUGGGUCACUGUCUUUGAGACCUGGGGGACAGUUUGGCAGCAUUCACAGUUCUUGGCACCACUGCUAUGGCUCUGUUGCCUCCCCAUACUCUUAUGUUUCUACAUGAAGGGAAUAGCAAGGCUUGAGUAAAAGAGGUUGGCAGGAAGAAGAAAAAGAAUAGUACAGGGUCGGAUAGGAUGAAACCUCAAACCCAUAAGGCUCUUGGGGAUGCUCACAGGUAGAAGACAGGAUAGGGAAUUACAGAAAUCACAAACUAAAGAAAUGGUACAGGGUGGAGUAAUGAAGAGGAAAGAAAUCUCAGCUGAGAGACAAAGACCUGCAUUGAGAAGCUUGCAGUGGCCGUGGUGCUUGUGGCUAGAGUCCAGUCAUGCUAGACACCUUGUGCCCAGCAUCAAAUCAGCGCCUAGGCUAGGUAAAUUAAAAAAUAUAUAUAUAUAGCUGUUUUUAAUAAUGAAAAAUUCAAUCAUAAAAUAUCUCAAAUAUACGAAGAAAAUAAUACAACACAUUUUUAUAGUAUUUAUGAUAGUAAUGUAAUCCAUUACUCCUGACUGAACAUUUUUUAGUAGAUUAUUUAUGGCUAUUCUUUUCACAUUGUUUUCACUGCUACCACCCAAGCUGUAAGGACUUUUAGUCUCCUUGUAUGUGUCAGAUUCAUUGUAUGUGCCUUUUCUUUUUUUAAGUAUCUCCUUUGAAUUCAAAUUAACCUAUGAAGCAGUAUUGUUGUCCUUUUCUAAAUGAGGAAACUGAGACACAGGAGAUUUAGAAACUUGGCCCGAGUCUCCCAGCAAUAAGUGGUAGAGCUGCAAUUCUGGGAUUUGUGUCCAAGAAGUCUGGCUCCAAAUCUCAUACUCUUAAAAAGAGUGCUCUAAGGUGAACCUUUCUAAAGUGCUACUGUGGUUAGAUCAUUCCCAUACUUAACUGAAUUCUUCCCUGGCUUCCACCUAAAUACAGGUUCAGGAUAUUCAUUGAUUCGUUUUCAUUAUUCAUUUAAUGGAUGCUUGUUAUAGGCUACGUACUAUGAGAAUUCAGAGGUAAAUAAGGGGAUCCUUUUACACUCAGGGAACUCAGGUUUAGUGAAAGACUGAAAAUAAAGUUGUAGAUACUAUGCGUGUCAGAGUAGAAGUGUGUUCUACAGAGUUUUCAGUGGCUGAGUUUUUGGAAGUAGGUUGCCAGGCCUUUCUUCCAAGGCAACUGGAUGGAUUCGAACCUCCAACCUUUCAGGUAGCAGCCAAGCACAUUAACUGUUUGCUCUACCCAGGGACAGUUGCCAUAAUAGCAGUAUGUGCAUGAUGAAAAAUAUGACGCCUAUGGGAGGCAUAGCUCAGACAGUACAAGGGUGUGGAGGUCUAAAGCGGCCAGUUGUAAGCUCUGAAUACAUUUCAAUUGUAGUCGGCAGGAGACUGGAGAAGUUGCAGAAGAGUUGGACACUGACUUUGCGCUUGUAGUUGCCAAACGUUUUGUUCAUGCACAUUAUUUGUCAAAUUUUGAACAAGCAACCCUAAUAUAGGUAUGUGGGCCUACUAAAAUUCUUGUCACACUUCAUCACACAAUGUCUCAUUUUAAAAUUCCAGCAGUUCAUCAAAAAAUAAGUUGGAUUGAAUCGAUGGAUAUGUGAUAAAACAAGUAUGGUAAAAAUGGUAGAAUCUCGGUGAUGGAUAUUAAGAAGUUCGCUAUAAAAAAAAAUUUCGGCUUUGCCAUAUGUUUGAAGUUUUCUGUAGUAAAAUGUUGGGGGUGGGGUGGAAAUCCCAGCAGUCCUCUUCAGUCCUUAGAAGCAGUCUUUGGAAAUGUAUAAAUCUUAUUCCCCAUGCUAGAUUAUAAACAAACUCUAUGAUCUUUUCAUAUUCUCCAUAGUGUCUUGCAUAUUUUGGGUGCAGGAUAAAUUUUUUUUCCCUGAAUUGACUAGGUCAGUGAUCCUAAGAGAAUAAAUUGUAAGAGUGUCUUUUAAAAAUUAAAGUGUGACAUUUAAUACAGGGAAUUUAAGACUGGAUCCAAAAUUGUAUGUGUAAAGUGUUUAUAGAUGUUAAGUGUCUGGAGUUCUCUCUGCUGGUUCUGGUUACAAUCAGUUUUUGGUUGUUGGAGUGAUGGAGAACUUCCUGGAUUGUAGCACAGACUUGAAAAGUAUUGGUUAAUAACUGCACAGCAGAUUGGUGGGAAGGUACAAUUGGGCCCAUGCAUACCAUGCUUAUUGGGUAAUCUGGCCCUGGGUAGAGGGAUUAAUAGUAGAAAAAUUGCUAGAUUGUUUAGCUUGAGACAAUUUAGAACUUCUCAUGAAAAGAUUCAGUGAAUAUUGUUCGGAUUGAUUUUGUCACUUGGCCGAUUUCAUUUAUAUGCUGUGGAGACUUUUGCAAAUGCUAAACACCAAUAGCAGGGAAAUUAAAUAAAACCACAAAUUUCUAGCCUGGUCUCUUCUGAAGGGUCUCAGAAGCAGAGCAACCUAAAGCAGUUUUAGACUGGUUAAGGAGAUGAUGUGGGGUCAUUAAGAGGAUGAAUGCUUUAUUUUAAUAGUUAAUGUGAAUUAGAAAAAAAGAAUUAGCACAUCAAAUCCAUCAUUUCAAAACUAUAAUUUUUUAGAAUGGGCCAAUUAAAGAAAAGUGAAUUGAUUUAAAGAAAAAUAUUAAGUUACAGUCCUCGAGUAUGGCAGAAGCCAUAUUGGUGGUACAUAAUAACCAAACUGCCUGACCAAGAGCUGAUGUAAUUUUGUGCUUGGUUCUCUAGAGUACCUUAUAGCAAUGGCUGCUAUGUCUCUUGAUUGUUUACUAAUCUGCGGUCACAGACACAUCCAACUCUUCUAGGUGCUAUAGUAAUAGCAAAAAUCAAAGUAGUAAUUAUUACUAUUUAGUGAGCAGCACCAAGUUGUAUAUAAAGUGCUUUUUAAAUAUCCUCACAAGCUUGCAAGAUUAUCCUCAUUUAACAGUUGAGCAACUGAGGUACAGAGAGGUGCAAUGAUUUUUCUUUGGUCUGGGAACUAGAAAGUGAUGUGGUGGAUAAAACUCCUUGUUCUAGUUCUGCAUUGUCCAGUCUCUUUCCACAAUCCCACCACACCAUUUCCUUUUGUACAUCCUUGUGUAAGAUUGUACAUUCUUAUUAGCUAGAUAAUAUGCCUAGAUACACACACACACAAUAAAUAGACCCAUGGAGCACUUACUUUGUGCCAGCAUUGCUAAAUGUACAUCACUGCCAGUACAUUACAAUGUGUAAGCUAAUUGCCAAGUGAGUUAGGCAUACAGUGGUGGUAUAGGAAUUCAAAAGAAGCAAUCCCUUUCUUUUCUGCAUUUUCCGUUUCUCCCUCUCUGGUUUCUUUCACUUAUAGCAUACCACAAAUAAUCUUUAAAAAAACAAAAACUACCUCUUUAUAAUCCUUUUACACUAUUACCCUUAUCCUCUUUUUCACCGUUAUUCUUGAAAGAGAAGAAUGUAUUAAUUCCCAUUUUUUUUUUUUUAGCCUAUUGCCAGUUUGCAUCUGUUACCACCACUCUGAAGCUGCUGCAUCCAUUCCUAUUUUUUGGUCCUCUUCAAGGUAGUGAACAUCAUGGAGCCAUCAUUUCCUUGAGUUUCCUUCCUUGGAUUCCAUGAUCCUACUCACUUCUGAUUCUUCUUAUAAAUCUCUGGCUCUUUCUCCUUUCUUAAGUUGUUCCUCCCCUUCUGCCCACUCCCUUGUAUGUUGUUGCUCUCAAGUCUUCUGUCCUAGUCAUAUUCUUUACAUUCAUUUCCUGAGCAAUCUAUUAUUAUAACUUGGAGCCUUAACUGUAUUCUGAUGAUUCCUAUAGCUCUUUCUCUACCCCCAAUUUUUCUCAUGAGCUUUGACACAUCUUUUCAGCUCUCUACUCCUCGGUGUCUUAUAGGUUUCUUAGACUAAAAAAGAUCCAAGGUAGAACUCAUUGUCUUUCCCUAAAUCUUGUUCUACUUCUGUUAGUCUGUUUUCCUAUAAAUGGUAUCUUUCAUCCAUUUCAAGUCAGAAACAGUGUUGUCCUUGAUUUUUCACUGUCCUGUAACUUCCCAUAUCCAACUGGUCACCAAAUGCUGUUAACUCUAGGUUAGGCCGGGUAGUCUAGAGAAGCAAAACCAGUAAUGUGUAUAAAUAUAAAUCUAUAGAGAGAGAUUUAUAUCAAGGAAACAGCUCACGAUUGUAGAGGCUGGAACGUCCCAAGUCUAUGGAUCAGGAUAGAGGCUUCUGAUUCAUGUAUCUGCAGGGGCUGGCGAACCCAAGAUCGGCAAGUCAGAGAGCAGGGCUCACAGGCUGUGAAGGUUGGCAAAUCCCAAGAUCUACCGGCAUGACCACAAGGCUUCUCCUGAUUCAUGCAGCUGCAGGGGCUGGUGAACUCAAGAUUGGUGGGUCAGAGAGCAGGAGCCAGCUGCAGGACCCAGAGCAAGCAAAAAGCCAGAAACGUUGCUUAUAUUCGGAUGCAGGCCACAUGUCCAAGGAAACUCCCUUUCAAUUAAUUGGCUGCUCACAGUAGAUCCCAUCAAGGGGGUGAUCACGUAUCAACACUGAGAAUCAUGGCCCAGCCAAGCUGACACACAAUCUUUUUUGAAUUUUUUUUAUUGUGCUUUAAGUGAAAGUUUACAAAUCAAGUCAGUCUCUCAUACAAAAAUUUAUAUAUACCUUGCUAUAUACUUCUAAUUGCUCUCCACCUAAUGAGACAGCAUACUCCCUCCCUCCACUCUUUUAGUGUCUAUUCGGCCAGCUUCUGACCCCCUCUGCCCUACCAUCCGCCCUCCA